UUUUUAUGUUGGUUGCACUUGAAGUUGGUAUUUGCCAAGAGCCUGCCAUUUUGUAAGAUAGAAGGGAGAUAAAAAAUAGUUUUAUGGUGUUAAAAUUUUACAAAACCUUCGUUGCCAUUUAUAUUAAGGCCCAAAACAAAUGUUUAAAUGGACGCAUCGUCCAUUAUAACUCAGGUGUCUCGGGAUGACGAGCAAUUAAACAAUUAUGGAUCCGACAGAGGGUCAUCCCCUGGCGGGCAGCACAGUGAAGGUGAUGGCACGCCAGUGUCGACUCCCCUGGGCAGUAAAAAGUCCGGGGGUGGCGGAUUCCUGCGGUCGCUACUGUGCUGUUGGCGCGGUGGCCGCGGGAAGGGCCCCCCUGGCAAUGGCACAAACAGUGUGGAUGGCAGGGCUUCACCGCCCCUGCUCAUCAUGGCAGACCAUGCUCCCCGACCACUGUUACCACCGAUUAGACACCAGGAUAUGCAUAAAAAGUGUAUGGUGAUAGACCUGGAUGAGACGUUAGUGCACAGCUCUUUCAAGCCAAUAAACAACGCGGACUUCGUCGUACCGGUCGAAAUUGACGGCUCCGUGCACCAAGUGUACGUCCUCAAGCGACCGCACGUCGACGAGUUCCUGCGGCGGUGCGGCGAGCUGUACGAGUGCGUGCUGUUCACCGCCUCGCUCGCCAAGUACGCGGAUCCCGUGGCCGAUCUUCUCGACAGAUGGGGCGUGUUCCGAGCGCGCUUAUUCCGGGACAGCUGCGUGUUCCACCGCGGCAACUACGUGAAGGACCUCAACAGCUUGGGCCGGGAUCUACGGCGCGUCGUUAUAGUCGACAACUCGCCCGCCUCCUACAUAUUCCACCCGGACAAUGCAGUCCCCGUCGCGUCGUGGUUCGACGACAUGACAGACUCGGAACUGUUGGACUUGAUACCGUUUUUCGAGAAACUGAGCAAGGUGGACAGUGUAUACACAGUGUUGCGCAAUUCCAACCACCCGUACAACCCCACGCAGAACAACUCGCCGAGCACAUAGCCCGGCCCGCCGGCGCGCCGCGCCCGCACGGAGCGGCGGCGCGAGCGGGCCGCGCGAGACGCGCGAGUCAUGCGCGAGCUGCGCGCCCUGCGCAUGCGCGUGCACGUGCGCGGGUGGAGCGCGCGAGCUCGCGCCGGCGCGGCGCUCGAGCGCGCGAGUCUCGAGCGCGCGAGUCUCGAGCGCGCGAGUCUCGAGCCCGCGGCCCCCGCCCCGCCCGCGCCGCACACCCUCCUCGAAACACUCAUUAAGAAAGGAGCGAAUUUCGUCUUAAGUGCCAAUUUUGCCUUCUGGAUAGUAAGGACGUUAUUUGUACCUAUUUUACAGUUUAGGUAUUUCUUAGUGCGUAAGUGGUCAGUAUGAUGGAUUUGUGAUUCUAUAUAUAUUUUUCACCGGUUUAUUUGACUCGCUGUCGAGCUUGCGGUAUUAUGUGCGUGUUCUUAUGUGAUCCGACUGUAUUUAGGAGUUUGACUAACUUAAAAAAAUUAUGUCUUAAAGUACGCAUUCGGGUUACCGAUACUAACGAUAAAUGAAUUUGCAAUUUUUUUCCAAUGACAACCUUUUUAUAUCGUGCUUGGGAUCAAAUAUAAAUAAGUUAGAUAUUUUUACCUAAAACGUCUUAGCGGACGCCAUCAUUCAUUAAACAAUAUUUCACAAUAUUUUAAUUGUACAUAGAUUGCAUCUUUGACUCUAAAUCAAAUCUGAAUCGAUGGACUUUUACAUAAUCGCUUAUCUCAAAAUCGAUGUGUUCCCGUACUGGACAAUUGUAAAUAUUAAAGUUUUUAUAUACUACAGCUGAUAGCUUCAAUCAUAUAGGUAUAUCGGAAUCAUGGUAGUGUACAUAUAGUUAAAUGAAAUAAUAUAAGCCAGCAGAAAUGCACUUGAGGUGAAUUUAAUCGCACUAACCGAGGUCGAUGUUGCAGUCAAAAAUGAAAUAAAACAAUAUAAUGAAUUAUUUUAAAUAAUUAUUUUAGUUAUCGCUUAUAAAAUUGACUCUUCCAAUAAUUUGACAUACAAAUUAUAAUUUUAAAUUAUUUUAUCCCUUAAUUUUACUACUUAAAAUAAAUAUGUUAACCUAUUUGAAGCACUUAGUGUUACACAGCCUGUGUAAGGUUUGUGCACAUUAGACGUAAUUUUGUAACGUAUUGUUACUAUAGGUGUAUAUUUAUUGUGUACAUACCUUGGUGUUUACCGUUAAGGCACUGCGGACUUAUCUUUAACGGUCCUCGUAAGUCCACACGUACUUGUACAGUCGCCAUCAGAUAUAUCGGAGCGGCCAAGGUGUUCACAAUAUCUGAACACGCGCUCUAACGCCCUGACAAUAGAGGCGUGUUCCGAUAUUUGUGAGCACCUUGGCCGCUCCGAUAUAUCUGAUGGCGACUGUACUUGUACAAGUACAAAUUCAAUUCGAGUUUUGAACUUGAGUAUAAAAGUAAAUGAAAGUUCGAAUUUCAAAAGCGUAUAAAAUAAAUUGGCUUAGGUCUUACAGGGUUAAGGCAAACGAACCUUCGAAUGCCUGUUAGAAUCCACCUAUAAUAGACAAUAUAAUUAAAUUUCAAUCAUAUGGAAAACACGGUAGCCAUCCACCACAAGCCAAUCUAAGUUUAAACGAAAUAACACUUUCUGAUUACUUGCAAUAAGGUCUCAAAUAUCUUGGAGAUACGUAGCUGAAGAUAAGUUCGUGGUGUCACACAGUUCCCAAUGCAUUGACGACAAUAAACGUCAUUCGAGUGUCAUACAAAUCAUUUUAAUGUAAUUUAUUGAAUAUGUUUAUAUUGAACACGGGUGGUCAGUUCAAUUUGGCAUCUUAAUGUAUUAACUCUGCUCUCAUAUAAGUAUUUAGCUAUUUCUAUAUCCGAUUUAUGUCUGAAUUAAUAAAUGAUAUUCACGUUCUAUGAGAGCAGAACACUGCACGUAUUUUUAUGUCAUCUCAGUAUUAACCUAGUGUAAUAAUCGAUGCCAUAAAACAAUGAAUGGUAGAUAUACGCAUACUUAUGUCGUCAUAAUUGUAAAAUACUACCUGUUAAUCUCUCAAUCGCGUGUCACGAGAAAAUGUGAUCAUUAUUAUGUACUCUCCAAAGGUUGCUUUCGCAAUAUAGUUGAUUUGAUACAAGCUUGAGGUUAACAGUGUUUUAAAUAUUGACUGUCUUACAUUAAAAUAACUAAUAGUGGAAUAGGAUUAUUUGCAACAAGAAAUCAUGCGUAUUGGGACAAGAGUGGAUACUUUUUGGAGCGCUGGACAUUCGUACCCAAAAGAUACCCCUCUUUGACACAAGUUGAUGGUAUCUGACACAUAUAAGCUAGCGUGCAAACUAGUAUGCAUAGUUAUCGUUUAAUUUCUUGUUGUAAAUGUAUUGAUCGCGGCAUAACUAAAGUAACAUAGUGUAGACAUUUGACAAUGAUCGAUCAGAAGAAAUGAAUACUUGCAAUUGUUUUAACAUAUUGUUUUCGUCAAUAUACAGCUAUUUCGUGAAUUGACAUCUUUUAUAAGGUACAAAUAGUUCGUUAAAAGGCAUCUAAGACGUCAAAUAGAAAAACCGUUUCGGUAUUAACCUUUUGACCGCCACAAACGGCUGUGACAAUCAUCGGAAAGUCUUGUCAAAGACGCCAACGACGACUACAGCCGUCAGCUUCGCCAAUGCAAUAGAGACUUACGCGGGACUUCGUAAAAUUCAAUUUCGCUUAAAUAAUCGCGAUCGCCUGGCGUCCGGGGCACGUCAUAUUCCUUCGCCGUCUGGCUUUCAAAAGGUUAACAAUUAAAUUAUUUGUUCUUUUAAAAGGACAUCGGGCUGAAAUUAAUUUUAUAGAAGAGGUAAUUACGUUAUUUAAUAUUGUCUAUACUUUAGCACCGCGAGCUGUUCCUAAGACAUCCAACGCCAUACUGAACUUAUGACCUAUGCCUUUUUAAAAUAUAAAUAAAACGACUUAUAAAAAACUGUCCCGGAUCGCACUAAAUUCAAAAUUGUAACAUUUUUAUAAAGUUUCGAUUAAUUAGGUGAACAUAAUGGUGCUUUCAGUAUUAGUUGUGUAAGCGGCGACUAUAGGAGUUCUAUAAUACUAGAAACGCACAUUUGGCUCUAAAUUGGUUCGAUUCGAUAAUUGCGGGCAGAGGUUGUGAACAGACAAAUUCAAAUGCAGUAAUUUUACACACUUUAUGUAGAUGAUUUUGUCUAGAAAGAUUAUUUUGAUGUUUGAUAUCAUUCUCUUGAGUCUUCUGUUCUAUACAGGACAAAAUGACGAAGAGAACGGAAAAUAAAUCACAAAUAAUCUUUUUGGUAUAAAGCUUCUUUAUUUACAUUUCCCAUUCCUUUUUAAACUAUCUACUAUUCUGUGAAAUCGUCUUCAUUUUGGCAACAUGCCAUCUAUUUAUUGUUUUAUAUUAGUUGCUUAGCAAAAUGGUUUUAUUGUUUUUUAUGUAAUGUUUUUAAACAAUAUCAAUAUAUUAUUGUUUUAGUAGCGACAUAAUAAAAAGAGAAACGUUGGUCUUCUUUAGGAAACCUUACUAAUGCGCAAUUGCCUUUCUUUUUUAAUGUAUAAUUUCUCUGAACAUUUAAACGGACGUCCAAUCACAGCCGCCUUUAGAAUCACCUUAAGAUACCACAAUUUUAAAUAUUCGCAUUAAAGCAGUUUCUAUUAGGAUGGCUUACUUCCCUCUUUUUACUAUGUUAGCGCUGUAAAUAAGAUUUUAAAAACAAA